UGGCCCAGCCGCGUGGAGCGUCUGGGAGAAGACCGAGCCGACCUGCUGAGAUGGAGGCGGUCGGCACCUGGGCGCUGCUGCUGGUGCUGCUGCUGCUCCUGCUGCUGGCGCUGGUGCUGCCCGGGACCCGGGCCCGAGGCCACCUGCCCCCCGGGCCUGCGCCGCUGCCGCUGCUGGGGAACCUCCUGCAGCUCCGGCCCGGGGCGCUGUACUCUGGGUUCGUGCGGCUGAGCAAGAAGUAUGGACCCGUGUUCACCGUGUACCUGGGCCCCUGGCGGCGUGUGGUGGUCCUCGUUGGGCACAAGGCUGUACAGGAGGCCCUGGGAGGCCAGGCUGAAGAGUUCAGUGGGCGAGGAGCAUUGGCAACGCUGGACGGGACUUUUGACGGCCAUGGGGUCUUCUUUUCCAAUGGGGUGCGGUGGAAGCAGCUGAGAAAAUUCACCAUGCUUGCUCUGCGGGACCUGGGCAUGGGGAAGCCAGAAGGCGAGAAGCUGAUCCAGUCAGAGGCCCAGCAUCUGGUGGAGGCUUUCUGGGAGACAAAAGGACACCCCUUUGAUCCUUCUUUGCUGCUGGCCCAGGCCACCUCCAAUGUAGCUUGUUCCCUCAUCUUUGGCCUCCGCUUCCCCUACGAGGAUGAGGAGUUUCAGGCUGUGGUCCGGGCAGCUGGCGGUACCCUGCUGGGGGUCAGCUCCCCAUGGGGCCAGACCUAUGAGAUGUUCUUCCGGCUCCUGCGGCCCCUGCCAGGCCCUCACACGCAGCUCUUCCACCAUCUGGGUACCCUGGCUGCCUUUGCUAUCCAGCAGGUACAGCAGCACCAAGGGAGUCUGGACACCUCAGGUCCUGCACGUGACCUUGUUGACGCCUUCCUGCUGAAGAUGGCACAGGAGGAACAAGACCCAAACACAGAAUUCACAGAGAAGAACUUGCUGAUGACAGUCACUUAUCUGCUAUUCGCUGGGACGAUGACUGUCAGUGCCACGGUCGGCUACGCCCUCCUGCUCCUGGUGAAAUAUCCUCAGGUCCAAAAGUGUGUGCAUGAGGAGCUGACUCGGGAGCUGGGGGAUGGCCGAGCGCCAGGCCUAGAGGACCGGACUCGUCUCCCUUACACCAAUGCGGUUCUGCAUGAGGCACAGCGCCUCCUGGCACUGGUGCCCAUGGGAAUACCCCGUGCCCUCACACGGACCACCUGCUUCCGGGGGUACACCCUGCCCCAGGGCACUGAGGUUUUCCCCCUCCUUGGUUCUGUCCUACGUGACCCCGAGGUCUUCGAGCAGCCAGAGGAGUUCAACCCGGGCCGUUUCUUGGAUGUGGAUGGACGGUUCAAGAAGCAUGAGGCAUUCCUGCCCUUCUCCUUAGGGAAGCGCGUCUGCCUAGGGGAGGGCCUGGCUCGAGCAGAGAUCUUCCUCCUCUUCACUACCAUCCUGCAGGCCUUCUCCCUGGAGAGCCCAUGCCUGCCAGGCACCCUGAGCCUCCAACCAGCUGUCAGUGGCCUUUUCAAUGUUCCCCCAGCCUUCCAGCUACAGGUGCAGCCUGCUGACCUCCACCCCACCAUGCAGACCAGAUGA